UAUACCAUCUUUCCUCCAUCCAUCAUCGCCCAAUUCCCCUCAUCUAACCUUCCCCCAAUUUCCCCUCGCUGCUAUGGCGCCUCCAACCCUUGCUGCCUUCCUCGCCCUCGCUUUACUUGCUGCUAUGGUUUCCUCUUCUCAUGCCUACAAAUUCUAUGUCGGCGGCAGAGAUGGCUGGGUUCAAAACCCUUCUGAGAACUUCAAUCACUGGGCUGAGCGCAACCGGUUCCAAGUUAAUGAUACUCUUUAUUUCAAGUAUAAAAACGGGACGGAUUCUGUGUUGGUUGUAAGCAAGGAAGAUUACUUCUCUUGCAAUACCAAAAACCCAGUAAUUACCCUAAAAGAUGGUGAAUCAAUCUUCAAAUUUGGUCAUUCGGGUCCAUUUUAUUUCAUAAGUGGAGACGCUGAUCGGUGCCAGAAGGGUCAACGGCUCAUUGUAGUGGUUCUUGCUGUGAGGCAUAAACAGCAUCUUGCUCCGUCGCCACAAGCUCCGACCCCGACUGCUCAGUCACCGGAAAACGCUGGUUCGCCGGAAUCCGGCGUUGGAUUCACAGCGCCGGUUCCAGCUCCGGCGAAAAGUUCUGCUUUUGGAGGGUCUGUUAGUGCAUUGAGUUUGGGUGUUGUUUUAGUCAGUUUUUUUGUGGGUUUUGUUUGAUUUGAAUGAAAGUUUGAAUUUUUGGUGAUGGGUUGUUGUUGUGGUUCGUGUUGGGUUUAGACUUUGUAUCCAUUCAAGAAUUCGUAUGAAGUUUGUGUUCUUUUUGGUUGG